AUGCUAGUAGGGCAAUCAGGAAGAGGCAGGCGAGAAACCUCUAAUGCAGAGAUAGACAUAGGCAGCGAUCUGGCGGCUGAGAAAACGGCCGCAACAAUGGGGGGUCGAAAAAGAAGGAGGCCGGAAAGACUGGUGAAGGAGGAGAUCGAACCGACUCUGAAAAGCAGAAAACUGGGAGAGGCAGAAUGCGAGGAGCCGGAAACGUUGAAAGGGUUUGACUGUUUUGCUGGCCAUAGCAAGGAAGCAGGCCUGGCAAGUAGGAGCUGCAGUGUUUUUGAGUGCGGGGCGGAAUUGGCGGCUCGAUGCGGACCGGAAGGGAAACGGAAGCGGAACGAGCCCCUUCUGGGCGCGCAAAAUCUGGAGGCGGGUCUGGCGUGGCUGGAGAGCUGCUUGGAGGCCGAAGCUGCUCGCUGGAACGACGAAGUUGUGCGAAGGGAGGCGGCGGAAGCGGAAGGGGCGGAAGCGGAAAUGAGGGCUGCGCAGCUGGAAGCGGAGUUGAUGCGGGUGAGGGGUUUGAUCGCUCGGAAGGAUUCUGCAGUGGAUGAGGGAAAGGCAAAGAGAAAUGCGAAGGUGAAAAUGAAAGUGAGAGCGGAAGAGGGACCUGAGGCAAUAAAUAAGCGGGCGGAAGGGGUGGAUAAGACGGUGGACGAUGUGGAUAAGAGAUUAAAGAGAUCGCAUAAGCCGUUUGAAGAUGCAGAAACGAGGGCGGGAGAUGGAGAGGAAGGAGCGGAAGAGGGACCUCAGAGAAGGGAUAAGUGGGCGGAAGGGGCGGAUAAGAGGGUGGACGAAGUGAAUAAGAGAGUAAACAGAUUGAAGAAGAGGUUGGAAGAAACAGAAACGAGGGCGGGCUAUGCGGAGAAGACGGCGGCGGAAGCGAACGCCAGAGCGGAGGCUGCGGAGCGGAAAGCAAAAGAGGCGAAUAAGAGGUUGGAAGAGGCGAAUACGAGGGCGGCGGCCUAUAUGCGUGCGUGUGCCGGGCAGACGGGUCGAGUAAUUGGAGCGGAGUCGGGGGCGGCGGCGGCGCAAGCGCGCGCGGAGACCCUUGCAAAAGAGCUGGAAAAGAUCAAAAACGGUGAAGCUGGAUUUUACGUGGGCAUUCCUGAAGAGCUAUCUCGCAUGAGAAAGUUGCUUUUGGAGAAGAGCCGAGCGGUGGACGAAGCGGAGGCGAGAGCAGAGAGGGCGGAACGCGAGAAGGCCAGAGCGGAAACGGAAAAGGCGAACGCAAAAGCUGCGGAUGAGGCGGAAGCGGCAGAACUGGCACGUAGUCUCGCCGACGAAAUGACGCGCCGGAUGGGUGCGGAAACGGCUGCGGCGAAGGCGCGAGAAAAUGCGGACGGUCUUGCGAAAGUACUGGAAGAGAUGAAGAGCCGUCUGGGAGAAGUAGAAGCGGUGAUUCCCAUAGCAAAUGUGAAAGUUGCUGAGAUGCAAGCGGAGGUUGAUGGCAUGAGAGGUUUGCUCAAGGACAAGGAUCGAGCGGUGGAAGAAGCAAACGCAAGAGCGGAACAGGCCGAAGCGAGAGCAGAAGGGAAAGCACGGAGAGCGGAAGCAAAAGCAGGGAAAGCGGAAGCGGAGACACAGAUAGCGGAAGAAGCGGUUGCGGAGACAACGCGGGCAGACGCAAGAGCCGAAGAAGCUGGGGGGCACUCGCUUGCGAAUGAUUCAACCUCGCGGAUGCGCGCGCAUUCAGAGGCAAAUGAGCAAGCCAAAGGGUUGGCGUUGUCGCGGGAUGGUCCUAUAAACGGCGACGCAGAGGCUACGAUCGCGCAGGUCAAGGUCGCCGCUCUUGCCCGCCUAACAAGCUUGCUCGUGGACAGAAACGAAGGGCUUCGGAAGGCCGAGUGGAAUGCGGAGCGAGCGGGCGGACUUGCAGUGGAAUUAGCUUUGAAGAUUGCCACGUACCGAACGGGAAGCGAUUAUGGCACGGGGCAACGGGCACGGGCGCAACUAGGUGGCGCAAAAUUUGCGGUUGCCACCCCGACGGUAACUAAUGCGCGUGCGAGGGCCGGUUCGGCUCAGCGGAACGGCGUCCGUCCGGCGGACUCGAAUGGCCUGACAAAUGCCCCUCCAGCUCAGCGGGACGGCGUCCAUCUGGAGCAGCGAAACGGCGGCCGUCCCACGCAGCGGAACGGCGUGGCGAUCGUCCGUCCAGCUCAGCGGAACGGCCCGGCGGAAUCCCGUCCGGUUCAGCGGAACGACGUGGCGAACGCCCCCCGGGUUCAGCGGAAUGGCUUCCGUCCGCCGGAGCGGAACGGCGUGGCGAACGCCCCCCCGGUUCGUCAGCGGAACAGGGUCCUUCCUCUGCAGCGGGACGGCGUGGUAACAAUCCGUCCAGCUCAGCGGAACGGCGCGGCAAAGUCCCGUCCGGUUCAGCGGAACGGCGUUGCGAACGCCCCCCCGGUCCAGCCCAACGGCGUCCUUCCUGUGCAGCGGGACGGCGUGGCAACUGUCCGUCCAGCUCAGCGGAACGGGGCGAAAGCCGGCCUGGUUCAGCGGAACGGCGUCCGUCCGGCUCAGCGGAAUGGCGCGGCGAAUGCCCGUCCUUCAGAGGGAAAAGGGGUCCGUUCGGAGCAGCGGAACGGCGUGGCGAAUGGCCGUCCGGCACAGCAGAACGACGUCCCUCCUGUGCAGCGGAAUAGCGUCGCGAAUGUCCGUCCAGCUCCGCAGAACGGGGCGAAUGCCGGUCCGGGUCAGCGGAACGGCGUGUCGGGUGCCCGUCCGGCUCAGCGGAACGGCGUCCCUCCGUCUCAGCGGAACGGCGUGGGGGAAAAGAGCCGGCGGUGA